AUGAGCGAAGCCAACGUUGUCCACCGAACGCGCUCUGAGACUCAUGUAUUGACGUCUUCAACCACUCCACUUCUCCUCGAGACUCUUGUCAACCCUCUUAUACUCGACAACACUGUCCCUUACCUUCCUGUCUCGAGCCUGCUCAACCUCGCCCUUGCAAGCAAAGCAUUCCGCUGCCUACUUUACCAGACUCCUCGAGUCUUCCGACACCUAGAUCUUACACGGGUCAAGACAGCCCGUUUCGACGUUGGUAAAAGCGACCAAGGUCAAACCUGGCACAACGUCGAGCUUGACGAUUAUCUUACCGAAGAUGAUUUCUACUCUGGGCCGUUGAGGGGCGUCUUCUCAACCCUGAAGCGGCGCGACCUCCUCCGCGAUGUCCAGACCUUGGUUCUUGACGGCCUGUCCGUGACAGCCGAGCUCUGCAAUGACAUCAUCAACGACCCAACAUACAGCGUUCGAAUACUCUCCAUCCGAGAUGUCAAGAACCUGAACCACGGCAAGCUCCGCGGCGCCCUCCAGUACGCCUGUCGAGGCUCCCGCCCCGAGGGUGCGCCGCGGCUCAAGGCCCUGUAUGUGUUCGGGGCCAAGGACUCCCUCCCCGACCCAACGUCCGCCAACUCCAGCUCCAUCAGCGCCGAGUGGAACCAGAAGAGCCAGCAGGCCCUGACCACGUCCCUCCGGCACGAGGGCGACGCCUGGUGGUCCAAGAGAGGCCGCAUGAUCAGCAGGCCCAUCCCCGAGGACUGGGCCAACUGCCUGCUGGCCUGCGAGGGCAUCAUCGCCUUCGACGCCGUCCUCUGCCAGGGCCCUCGCCACCGCAGCUCCCCCGUCUUCGGCACCACCCCUCUACGCGCCAUGUGCGGCACUGCCGUCGCCACCUACGCCGUCCCGCCCUGCGCG